AUGGAAAUAGAGGACUUGCAAAAUAAUGAAUAAUAUAUGAAAAGUAUUUAAAAUAAUUUUAAAUUAAUAAAUGUGCAUUUUAUAUUCAUUGAUGACAUAGAACUGGUAAAUUCAAGUGCUUAACUAAAAAAUGUUCCAAGAUUAUAUUUAUAUUUACCAAAAUAAAAAGUUAAUGCUUGGAGCAGUAAAUAUUUUCAGAAAUUUUUAAUCGGUUAAGUAAAAUGUUAAGAUGACAUUAUAAUGAUAGUUUUGUUAUUGUUCUUGAUAACUGUAGUAUUAUUAAAAGAAUGCCAUAACUAAAUAGAUAUUAUUUCUCGGGGUAUGGCAUACAGAUAAUCCCACACUUUCAAGUAUAAAUAUAAUUUAAAUAUAGGGUUUAUAAAGAAUCUAUGUCUAAUAAUAAAGGCACAGCAAGUAAGCCAUUGAAAAUUUUACAAUAUAAUUUACUCUAAAAUUUAAGAUUAAUUCCUUAUACUAUUUAAACAUCUUUAUGA